UGUGUUUUGUUUUCAGGCCGACCAUGUGGGAGAAAACGUUCCUGCUGCUGCUUCACAGUGUUGAAGCUGUAGUGACGUCUCAGUGCUGGCAGGGGGCGACCUUCUCCGAGGCGGUGGUGUCCCCGGCAGUGAAGAGCGGUGGUAUCCUGCGGGUUCCGGGAGUGGCGUCUCUGCCGCAGUGCGUGGCGGCGUGCUGCGACCUGCUGGGCUACGACCUUGCCUGGCUGUUUGAAGGCCGCUGCUACAUCCUGAGAUGUCAGCAGACGGACGCCUGCCGGCCCCAAGAGAGACCCGGGGCGGACUCCUUCCUGGCCUUCCUGCAGAGAGCCUCCCCUGAGACGCUGGUGCUGCAGUCGUUGGUGAGAGGUGAGCCAUACGCCGGCCGCUGGAGGCCCCCCUCACAGUCCUCUGAGGCCCCCGGGGACCUGGAGGCUCUGAAGGACCUUGCCCUGUUUGACGGGCCCCCGUUGGACUUCUCCGGCCCCGGCAUGCUGGAUGCAGAGUAUUUAGAGGGAAGCCAAGAGGAGCGGGGAGGGCCCGGCUCAGAGGAAAGAAACAAGUUCAACCAAUCAGAGGCAGAGGAUGGUCCAGAGGGGGGGCGGACAGAGAGCAGCGUGGCCCAGAAUAGAGCCUCCUCUGGGGGAAACAUCAGUCAGGGAGACAACAAAACCUGGAGACCAACUGAUGCUGCAGAGAAAACGACUGAAGCAGAAAGCAGCAUUGAUUCAAUGUCACUGAUGUUUUCACUGCUACAGCAACCGACGACCGUCUCCCCCCAACGCGACCAUAUAAGGACUUCACUUCCCACCCCUGCCACGCCCCAUUGGCUCAUCAGCUCGUCCAUACAGCCAGCUGCAGACCGACCCCUGGUUGUGUCCGGUAGAAACCCUGUAGAGCCCACAACUGACGUACUUAAGGUUCUCCCGUCAGCAGUCAGAGCUCCACCGGCUGCCACCCAUCCCCCAGACAGACCUCUGACCUCUGACCUCACCGCCACCCAUCCCCCAGACAGGCCUCUGACCUCUGACCUCACCGCCACCCACCCCCAGGACGGACCUCUGACUUCUGACCCCACCACCACCCAUCCCCCAGACAGACCUCUGACCUCUGACCUCACCACCACCCAUCCCCCGGACGGACCUCUGACCUCUGACCCCACCACCACCCAUCCCCCAGACAGACCUCUGACCUCUGACCUCACCACCACCCAUCCCCCGGACGGACCUCUGACCUCUGACCCCACCACCACCCAUCCCCCGGACGGACCUCUGACCUCUGACCCCACCACCACCCAUCCCCCGGACGGACCUCUGACCUCUGACCCCACCACCACCCAUCCCAGUACCAACUCUCCAACCGUGGCCACUGCAGAGGUCAGGGGGUCAAACCGUGGCCCAGUGGCUGUCGUGGGUCCUGACAGGAAGUUGCUUGUCCCAGUGAGCAGCUUGUCCCUCGACGGCGGAGGAAGCACCGCCGACCGCGGCAUCGUCCGCUACCACUGGGACGCCGUGAGCGGACCCCCGGGGAUAAAGCUGGAGGGAGCAGACCAGGCUGUUGCCACAGCAACAGGCCUUCGGGUGGGACGUUACACCUUCACACUGACUGUCUCUGACCAGCAGGGGGCGACAGACAGAGCUUCACUGACCAUCAGGGUCCAGGAAGCCAGAAGUCUUCCUCCCGUCGCUCAUGCCAGUGGCAGCCACACCGUCUCUCUGCCCAACAGCUCUCUGGUCCUCCGGGGUUCUGUGACGGACGGAGACCAGACCGAGGUCCACUACCUGUGGGUCAGAGACAGCCAGAGUCCUGCUGCUGGGGACGUUCUGUACGGAUCAGGGACUCAGGCCUCCCUUUACCUGGCGAACCUGGUGGAGGGCUCCUACCUGUUCCAGCUGAAGGUCACUGACGCUCAGGGGCGCUCCAGCACCGCCACGGCCACCGUGGAGGUCCGACCAGACCCGGGUGGGGGGGAGGAGGUGGAGCUGGAGAUGCAGGUGUCCGUGUCUCAGGUCAGCGUGGCUCAGAGGGACACGGUUGUCCGGCAGCUCGCCGCCCUGAUCCAUGUCCUCGACAGCGACAUCCAGGUUCGAGCGCUGCAGGGGCACUCACACCUCAGCACCGUGUUGCGGUUCUCGGUUCAGGGCCCCACAGGUUCGAUCUCUAGUUCCAGGCUGGUUGGUCUGCUGAGGAACCAGCUGCUCAGAGAGAAGAGUGACUACCUGCUGUUCAGAGUCCUGAGAGUCGACACCGUCUUGUGUCUGCUCCGCUGUUCGGGGCGGGGUCAGUGUGAUCCAAUCACAAAGGAAUGUGCAUGCGACCCCUUCUGGACGGAGAACCUCAUUCGCAGAUACCUUGGCGACGGAGAUAGUAACUGUGAGUGGAGGGUGCUGUACGUCAUCCUGACCAGCUUCAUGCUCAUGGUCUUCAUCCUGUCCGUCAGCUGGACCUUCAUCUGCUGCUGCCGGAGGAGGAGACAGACCAAAGGGAGGAGGAAGACCAAGUACACCAUCCUGGACAACAUGGACGAACAGGAGAGGGUGGAGCUCAGACCUAAAUUCAGUAUCAAACACCGCAGCACGGAGCACAACUCCAGCCUGAUGAUGUCAGAGUCGGAGCUGGACAGCGACCAGGACACCGUCUUCAGCCGGGACCGACCCGUCCGCAGCAGGAACCGGAUCAGCGCCGGUGCCGCCUGCAACGGGAACGCCUUCGGCUGAGCGAGUGCGUAGACGGUGCUUGUCUGGGAUAUUCCCACUCUGGCAGCCUCAAGUGGCGGCAAGAGAUUUAAGGACUUCAUUACCCAGAAUACUAGUUUCUGUGAGGUCACUAAAAUUAACCUGUUUCAGGAUCAAACUCUUUCAAAAGGACCUGAGGACUGAAGGUGACAGAGGAAAACAGCUUUAGGGACUCUGGACCCCCGUGAGGACACGUUGGUUUAUUCUAUCUUUAGUCUCAAAGAUCUCUGUGUUGUUCUGUUUGUUCUAUGUUUUGUUCUCUGUUUGUUCUCUGUUUGUUCUCUGUUUUGUUCUCUGUUUGCAGCUUGUUAGGGUUAACAAUCUCUGAAAGCUCCCUUCUUCAUAAACAUUUUCUAGAAAACUUAAAGAAAACACAGAAAAGUGAAGUUUGAGCGUGUGAAUACUUUUCAGUUCUCUGGUUCCGUUUGGCGUCGUGCACCUGGAACAACAGCUGGUCUGAUAGACUAUAUUAAAAUAUAUAUAUUAUAAUAUAUAUUAUAUUAUUAUAAUAUUCAGUGACAGCACAUAAACCCAGUUGACAUCUGCAUGAACUGGAGACGAACAUGUGAAUCAUGUUGGAGGGUUUAAAGGUGAAUGUGAUGAAGCUUCAGAGCUCUGGAGUUCUUGGUUAGAACCAAAACAAAUCAUCUAAUGUGAACC